CUGUCUAUUCACCCUGCACAACUCCAUCGUUGUGCGUCAACGUAGAGCCCACUAAUUAAGCAUCAGCUUCUCGCGGAGAACUGAGAACACCGUAAUAUAUGGCAUAGGCCUGCGGAGGGAGGGGUCUUGGUGGUGCUGGGUUACCGGAAGGCUCCGUACCGCCGCUGAAUGGAAUCCGGCUGUGUCCGAAAAGCAAUGGCUAUGGGUUUGACAUCGAAAAAGGCAUCUUCUCGGAGCGUCGGCGUGGAGCGAAAAAAUCUCAUCACCGUAUGCAGAUUCUCGGUGAAGACACUCCUGGAAAAGUACACAGCCGAGCCCAUCGAUGACUCAUCCGAGGAGUUUGUCAACUUCGCUGCAAUCUUGGAACACAUCCUCAGCCACCGCUUCAAAGGUCCAGGAAGCUGGUUCAUCUCAGAUGGCCAGCGAAGUUUCUGGGACUACAUCCGGCUGGCAUGCAGCAAGGUGCAGAACAACUGCAUCGCCAGCAUCGAAAACAUUGAGAACAUCAGCACCUCACGAGCCAAGGGUCGGGCAUGGAUCCGUGUGGCGCUGAUGGAGAAGCGUCUGUCUGAGUAUGUGGCCACAGCCCUGAGGGACACACGGACAACCAGGAGGUUCUAUGAUGACGGAGCCAUCAUACUGCGAGAGGAGGCCACUGUUCUGACAGGCAUGCUCAUUGGCCUCAGUGCCAUAGACUUCAGUUUUUGCUUGAAGGGGGAGACGCUGGAUGGGAAGUCCCCUGCUGUGAUUGACUUCACACCUUACCUGAAGUUCACUCAGAGCUAUGACUACCUGAGUGAUGAGGAUGAUCGGUGCAGUGUGGACAGCAGUGCCAGUGACGAAAGUGUCCCAGAACACCCUUACAUUCCCCUGGUCACCGACGAGGAGAGCUGGAGGAACAAGUGUCGCAAGAUGGAGCAGAGGUUUAAGAUUGUGUAUGCACAGAAGGGCUACCUGGAGGAGCUGGUGCGUCUGCGGGAGUCCCAGCUGAAGAACGUGGAGACGGAGAACAAGAAGCUGAGUGCCAGGCUGGAGGAGCUCAGAGUCCAGAGCCUGCAGGAGAAGAAGGAGCUGGAGUCCAUCGUACUGGAGCUGCAGGCACAACUCACUGCCCUCAUCCCCUGUGAUUCCUCCCACCUGACUAAGGAUCUGUCCAUCCCUCUGGUCAACCAGUGGCCCUCCAUACGAGGCUACAACAACCAGGGGGACGUCAAGCUCUUCCGCAGGAGAAGCUUCCACAGUUUGGAGCAGCUUUCAGCUGACGUCAGUCUGAACUCUGAUUCCCAGAAGACCGAUGGGCAACAGAACGGAGAUACAGGAAAAGACUACACCCCUUCUAUGCUGGGUCUCUGUGGCUCUCUGUCCUCUCUCCCCAGCUGCAAGUCCAUGUCUAGCCUCAAGUCCAGUGAGUGUCUGGUCAACAUCAGCAUGGAACCCAGCCCUGCACUCUCCCCCAGCUAGGGGGCGCCAUGCCACCAGAGCUCUGUCUGCCCAGCGCAAAGCCAACAACACCCGCCUGCCUCAACCUGGAGACACUCAAUAGAUCAUGAACAUCUACCUACCUACUGUCACUAUUAACACAGUUACCAACAAAACCCUUUUUCAACCAAACCCUUUGCCAACCAACUCCACUCAACCCACUGCUUCAUGUCUGCAAAGAUUAGAGGGGGAAAAGCUCUUCAAUAUUUCUGGAUUUUUGUGUGGAUUGAAUUAAAGUUAUAAUGAAACUAAAAAGAUCCUAGUUUGUCUGUGCCCCUCCUCACCCACACCCUCUCUCAUAUCCUCACACUGUUCCAACCUGCUCUUUCACUGUUGUGUGUGUGUGAAUUCCUAUGUCAAAAUGUUGGCCUGUAUUUAAUGCCUUUUGAACACAUCUAACUAGCGUAAUUCAAAGCUACAAAACUAUCCAAAAGCAUAUUUAUUGAUCUAUUUAAAUUCUCCUCUCCUCUAGAUCUCCUUAUCCAAGUCUUUCUCUGCACCUGACCCAUCUGGUCAUUGUACUGUCUGUGUGUCAGUCUGUCCCAGCCCUGCCUCAGCCUAUACUAUCCUCUUGCCUGCCUGUCAAAAUGACAGACAAACUGGAAUGACGCACUUGCGAUUAAGUCAGAACACUGAACUGAAUUCUAACAAAAACAUCAGCUAUUCUUCGGUGUUUGUGAGUGGAUGCAGGUUGAGUGUUGCUAACAUAGUGGCUAGAUGUGUAUUUGAUGCAUGUGGCUGAAUGAUAUUGGCAUUGUUCCUCCAUUGUAAUGGGUUUUUGAUGGCCUGAAUCUCCAAAUCAUUGACCUGCUUGAGUAAUCAGGCAUUACUGUUUCAGUAUGUGUUCAUGUGUGCAGCAAUUGGUUACGUCUGUCUAUCAACAGUUUUGUCACUUUGCUUUUUAUAUUUUGUUGAUGAAUCUGAUUUUAUAAAUCAAGUGUUCUGUUAUUUUUCCACAUGCAUAUUUGGUUAUUUUUGUUCAAUGACCAAUGCUAUUAGUUGCAAUAAACUGCCUUAUUUUUGUUAUGUCACUCCUUUUCAGUGAGUAUUUUUUUCUCUACAAGGGGUGUAAAUGUUAUUAAAGUAUGUUUACCCUGAACUACUCCACUGGUUUCAACAGUAUACAUCUGUAAUACUCAUGUUGAUUUUCUACUAACAUAAAGGAUUCUAUUUAAGCAGCCCUUGAUUAGUUGAGACAAGUAUAGCUUGUCUACUGAGACAAGUAUAGCUUGUCUUACUAACGUAAGCUAUUGGGCCAAUUGAUUUCAGUACAUUGUGCUGCAAACCUGCAGGACCAUCGCCCAGAUUUUGCCUAUCGGAUAUGAUUAAAUGCACAGAAAUAGAAUGGACAAAUCAUUGUCUUGAAUGUGGAUACCUUUCUAUUUCUAUGCAUUUAAUCCUGUACGAAAAGGUGAAAUCCAGAUGGAUAAUUUUUGAUAAACUGGGCCCAGGAUUGUGUCCAAGGUGCUCUAUGGCACCAUCUAGUGGUCCAUUUACUGUGUCCCCAAUCAAUCGAUUGGUGGGCAGUGCGUCUGCAGGGGUGGUGUCCAAUUAACCGUCACAUCAGGUCAUUGUUCUGUUUCUGGAAGGCAGAGGAUGAUUAUGUCUAAGUCCACUUCAAAGCCUUCCAAACUCUUGGAUUUUAUGUUCUGUGCUGGCUUUGUGUUGGGGUUCUGUCUCUGUUUCAUGGCCAUUGCUUACUACAAAGCAUAUCAGAUCUCUCAGGAGACAGUGCCCUUGCCCUCACGGACCAUCAGCCUCUUGGUCCUCUCGCCUUUGCCCCCCACCCCCUCUUCGGGUCGACUGCUCUGCUGGGUGUGGACCAGAGCUAAACACAUAGUGAACACCUGGGGGCCUCGCUGUGACACACUGCUCUUCAUGAGCUCUAAGCCGGACCUCCUGUUCCCUGGGACCGUGCUGGCUUUGGCAACAGAGGAGGGAAGAGCCAACCUGUACAAUAAGACCAUGGCCGCUUUCAACUUACUGCAUGACGGUUACCUAGACAGGGCUGACUGGUUCCUCAAAGCUGAUGAUGACACCUAUGUAAUUGUGGAAAACUUGCGUCUACUCCUGUCUCGGUUCAGCCCAGACAAGCCUGUGUAUCUGGGCAGACGUUUUCGCCGCUUUGUCCAUCAAGGCUACAUGAGUGGUGGUGCUGGCUAUGUACUGAGCCGCGAGUCUGUGAGACGCUACGUCAGGGCCCUGCACCAUGGAGCCUGCACCCAGUCCACCUCUGCAGAGGACCUACUACUGGGCUUCUGCCACCAGAAGCUGGGAGUCCCGGCAGGGGACUCUAGAGACCACCAACACAGGGAAACAUUCCACCCCCUGUGGCUGGGUAAACUUCUCUGUACC